AAUUAUUUUAAUCCUCUAAUUUAUUUAGCUAUCCGAAGAGAAGAAUUUCGUUUAAAUCGUUCCUCAGAGCUUUUAAGGCUUUCAGACUUGGGGCUCUCCCCGAACGAAUCAAACAUUGCAUUGUGGGGGAAGCGUCAAAAAGAAAUUGAUAAGCGCUUCCAGGAUUCCGCCACACCUGUUUUUUAUGCAAUGCUUACAUUGUCUGUUGCUACAUUUUGUGCUGCGUUUAUACAGAGACUAGUGUGGGAAAUCUCUGCAAUCCGCCAAGUCUUUAGAGCCAAAAAAGCAUAUAUUCGCAAACUUUUGCAUAUGGAUAUUGCCUGGCUUGAAUCUAGACAUUCUGGACAAGUUGCCUCUGUUCUCAAUGACCAGGCUGAUUGUAUUUAUCAAGGGAUGGCUGACCAUUUACCUAUGUGCUUUUUUAUUAUUUGUUAUAUGGCUGUUACAAUUUCUGUUUGUUUGUAUAUACAUUGGCAAGUGACCGCAUUCAUUUUACUUGCAAUUCCAUUGUUAAUCUGUACAAGACUUGUAUUUAGUCGAUGGUUUUGUAAAACAAUGGAGACCGAAACACAGUUGCAAACAAAAAUAACAAAUUUGGUACACGAAACUUUUAGUUGUAUUCGCACUGUUAUUGCUUUUGGAGCCCAACGACAAAGCAUUGGAAAAUAUGAACGUCUAAGUUUGGAGCACAAAAAGAUUACUGAAGAGCGUCUCCGGGCCUCUUCAGUUUACAAUUCACUCGCCCAAGUACUCUUCACAGAAUUAAUAUUCACUGCCGCCCUGUGUUUUGGAGUUUGGAGGUCUGGAAAUGAGAAUCCUGGGCGUUUAGGGGCUUUGGCAAUAAAUAUGUUAUUUUUGUGUGCUCAAUCUGUCAGUAUUGGAUUCCAUUUAAACGGCGUUUCUACAGCAAGACGAAGUGCGAAAGAAAUGCAGACCAUACUUAAGGAAGCCCCAAUGAUUGAGAGAGAUAUACCAACAAAGAGGAGCACACUUUUGGUUGGAGAAUAA